AUGAUCCGAGUGCCAUUACGUGAGCUGUGGGCUUACUUGGAUACCCCUUGGGGGAUCAUUAUUUGUUAUGUAUUUAUGAACAACCUUGCUGGCUCAAUAUGGACGAAUGCGUGGACGCCGCUUAUCUACCAAAAAUUUGGGAAUAGUAACCUUUACGUUGGACUUAUGUCAGCUUUGAAUGGAACAACGCAAAUGUUGUUUGCCAUAUUGGGUGGCCACUUGGCUGAUAAAGUGAUUGGCCCAUCACGCACAUUGAUUUUUGCGGUGCGCUUUGGCGUUUUUUCACUGCUUUUUAGCGCCGUUUCUGUGUGGAUUGGCAAUCUCUACAUGCUGGUGGGGGCACAGAUACUCUACGGUGUACAUCAAGGCUUCAACGUGACGUCGGUGGAGUCUGUCUUUGCGCAGUGCACCAAACGGUCUGAGCGGGAUCGUGUGUACGGUGUGAAAUUUAGCUUUGAGUCUUCAGGGCCUAUUGGAGGGCUUGUCCUUUCUCUCAUUCUUUUUGCCGCAUUUGGAAACACGUGGCGUGUUGACGUUCUGCGGUGGGUCAUUAUCACUGGGCUUCUAGUCCAUAUUGUUUCAAUGCAAGUGUUUCUUUUCUACUUUAGGCCGCUACCAAGCCAUGUUGAUGCCUCCGCUGAACAGCCCCACGCGGCAGGAACGGAACAAGUGGCCCUAUCAAGUCAGAACGAGCAGGAGGAGGACCGUUCCCCGCACGUUGAAGAAGAAAUUGUCGUUUAUGCAACUGGUGAAACCGUUGUUUCUUCUGUUUCACCAACCCCAGAGGUCAAGAAACAAAGUUCAGAGACAUAUUUUCCUUUAACUUCUGUGCAAGAAUGCGGCGUGGAGGCAACAAAGGAGAAGCGGGGCUUUAAGCAAUUUUGUGUCAUUCCUGUGGAAAAGUACCCUUAUGUGAUUGUCCUGGGUGAUCUAAUAGUUGUUUUGGGAAGUGGCAUGACGACGCAGUACUUUUCGCUCUUCAUGAUGAAUAUUUACUUUGUUUCACCCGUCGGGUUGUCAGCGCUUGGUCUCACGAUUUCAGUCUUGGUUUCUGUACUUGCCAUCGCCAAUUCCCACUUGGGGAGUCGUAUUGGAAGAGCACGGGCACUUCUUUUACCAAGACUUUUAGGAUCGUUUAUUUUGCUUUAUAUGGCGCUUGCGAGACAAACCAGCGCAGGGCCGAAGUGGCUCAUGUGCAUUGCAUAUGUCUUGCGAAUGGCCGUCAUGGGCUCCACUACCGCCUUGAGCAGGGCUCUCAUAAUGGAUUUUGUGCCGGAAGAGCGUCGAGGCAUGUGGAACGCGUUAGAGUCUGUUCAAUCUGCAUCGUGGUCCGGUACGGCUCUUGUGGGUGGAUACAUUGCUGAUCGAAUGGGUUAUGGGGCGGCAUUUAUUGUGACUUUUUUUUUCCACAUAACAUCCUGCAUGGUAAUUGCUCCUUGUACGGUAAAGAAUGAUACUUUGCUGGUAUCACGAGAUGCUAAAGAGGGUGCCGUACAGGGAGGUGAGGAAGUGCUGCGUGUGUCCAAGAUGCUGGAAGGCGAUCCAAUGGUGCUCCGUACAGACAAUGUUGUUGUACACGGCACUACGCCGGAGCAGGAGCAAGAGGAAGAGGUUGUGGUAAUCAUAACUCGAGAAGGGAAACGAGAGUCAUAA